AUGUCUGCCGAUGAUGGCUUGUCCGCUCCCGGGAGCAGCAUCUACGAUAGCACCAGCAUGUUCGUGGGGGAUGGAACCUGGGAUGCUACUCGUAAUACCUUCCUGCUGCCCAAUCUCCAGGGCCUCAACUUCGAUACCAUGCGGUACAAUGGAAUGGGCAAUCGCUUCCGAGGCCUGUCGCAAUAUCAUACCCUCAUCUUGGGUCACGGAGUAGUGGCUGCCAUCACGUUCAUGGGUGUUGUGCCCGCCGCCAUCUUCAUCGCGAAAUACUACCACUCCGGUGGAAGGUUGGCCUACAAGCUGCAUGUCUACCUGCAGAUCUUGACAGUCUUCCUAGCUACAGUGGUGCUAGUGCUAGGCUGGUUCGCAGUGGGGCCCGAUAGGAGCCUGUCCAAUCCUCAUCAUGGUAUUGGAGUCGCUAUCUAUGUCUGUGUGCUCGUGCAGUUUCUCUAUGGCUGGUGGAUGUCGCGGCGGGAGCGAAAGAGGACAAGUCCACAUCCGACACUACCUUUGAAAGUGCAUCUGCAUCGUUUGUUCGGACGCGCUAUUGCUAUCCUGGCAUUCGUGCAGAUUGCGCUCGGUUUGACGCUGUACGGCUCUCCGUUGGUGCUGUUUGUCUUGUAUGCCUUGGUCGGGACAUUUCUGCUCUUACUUUACCUCGUACUCGAGUACCGAAACAAGCCUCGCAUUGGCGAUAGGGUCUCGCCGUCUGGAGCAAGGUCCGACUACUACUCAGACUACACUGGGAGCUAUCUGACCGGUGAUCGCACGGAGCUGACCGAAGAUCGGCAGUCUCGAAGGAGUAGUCAACAGCACGAUGAGAAGAGCAGUGGAGGAUGGGCCAAGAAGGCACUGGUAGGAGCAGGUUUGAUCGGUGCAUAUAAAUGGUGGUCCGGAAAGCGGAAGAAGCAAGACACGGAUGAAGAUCUGUACACCGAGUAUACCGAGAGCAAUGUCGACCGUACGCAUCGCCCGCCUCGCACUCCUGGGCCUUCGGAAUCAUCUAUAGCACCUUCUGGACGGCCGCCGUAUGAACCGCCCGGAAGAACACCUAGCAGGCCACCUCCUCCUGCUAGCUACGCAGGGCACAAUAGACCGCCGAGUCGAGGGAGCCACAUGGCUCGACCGCAUGGAGACACUGUACUGUCCCCCCAGACCUGGGAGAACGACGACUACGAUGGAGAUGAGAAGUUAGGCGACAAGCCGCGAGACAACACCUGGCGCAAUCGACUCCUAGGCGCAGGAGCCGGCAUUGCUGCUUUCCAAGGAGUAAAAAGUCUGUUUAGUAGCGGCGGAAAACGCAAGAACGGACACGGGGACUCACUUGUCAACUAUAGGCCUCCGCAUGGGAACAAUCAGAGUACAGUUAGUCAAACGGAUGUGUCCCGGGUGGAGGCAGGCCAAGCUCCUUUUUCACCAGACGAUCCAGGAAGAGUUCACAGACCGCAAUUCUCAGAGACGACGCAAAUGACACCUUCGCGGCCGCCUAGGAGAAGAAGACCUAGUGUGAGCUCUGUGUCAUACGAUGAAGACGGUAGUUAUGGGCCACCGCCAAGAAUGAAUUCCGACGAGCCAAAUCUGCAGAAGAGCAUUGCUGCACUGGGCGCCGUAGCUGGGCUCAGAGAGUGGAACAAGCAACGGAAAGCUCGCAAUGAGCGGCAGAGGCAGGAGCGCAUCCGACAGGAGCAGCUCGAACGUGAAGAGCAAUACACUCGGCGAAAUUCUAAUCGAUACCCUCGUCCCCAGGAUGCAAGCGGUCGAAGAGCUAGUCACUCCGAUACGCUUAUGACUGGUCCUGAGCAUGCACCUGGAAGUCAUCCUUCUGGGUCGAGACAGAGUAUCAGACCAGAUAUCAGUCAACCUCCACUGCCGAUGGUUGCGGGAGCAGUUCCUCUAUCAGUCCAUGAUCCGGACCCAUUCCAUGUCCACCAACAACAGCAGCAGCAUCAGCAGCAGCAGCAGCAGCAGCAUCUUCAUAUUGUACUGCCUCCACCACCUCCUGGUCCACCACCCAGUGAUGGCGCUCGGCCGAUAGGAUAUCAACCUCCACCUCCGGGCUCACUGCAAAUGCCUCAGGGGGCAAUCGAUCCAGAUCCAUCGAGACUAGUAUCGGAACAAAUGCAAUCAUCUAGCCAUUAUCACGAAGAUGUCACAAUCGCUGCUACAUCUGCCGCGACUGCGAGUGCGGCAUUGGCAGCAGGCCAUCAGACACAGUCGUCAUCGCCAACAAGGCGACAACACUCGCGGACAGGUUCAGAAUCCAGAGUUCCAGGUCGCAGGGGAAGCACGACUUCAGCUGGCUUUUCAGGAGCCAGCGCCUUAGGUGGUGGACAGAGCGUGGAGACCCCGCCAGUCAGUCUCAAGAUGAAGAUGCAUCCGGACGGUCAACAUGUCACCCUUCGACGACUGAAUGAGGAGGAAGCCGCGGCCGAGCGUGCCGCUCGUAGACGCGAGAGAAGGGCUCGACGAGCUUCUAGUCUGAGCAGCGCCGAGGAAGGACCAUCGAGGUAUCGAAGGAACGGCAGCAGGAGACCCUCCAGCCAGCAGCCCAUCACAAAUGUGCCUGUUCCGCCCCCAGCGUUAUCGAACUCAGCCAUUGCGGGUCAUCGACCUCCGUCAGAGCUCAAUCUACCUCCUUCGCCGCCAGUGCAUCGUGUUCCACAGAGUUCGGCAUCGCCUUCUGGGAUGCCACUGGCGACUGGGCCUGCUGGAAGCGGGACGGUGGGGAGUCCUGGUACCGUAGGAAGUCCUGGUACCGUAGGAAGAGGAGGAGGAACAGAUCUCGGGACAGGCACUGAUGUCAGCGCUUUCGACAACAACCGGAGACGCCGGCGGGCAGAAAGAGCCCGGAGACUGGAAGCAUCCAACCGUGGUGCCAGGGUGGAGUUCUCGUGAGCACACGCGCACAAAACUUCCACAAACGAUGUGUACGAAAUUUCGGGCUGGGCCUCAUGAGCGUUCUGAGCGAGCAUUGUUUUGCGUCUAGACACCCAACUUGAGAGAAGGUGUCGGUGCACUUAAUGAGCUACGAAAUCUGUCUGGACGAAUUCAUGGCAACUUCUUGCGGAAUUCUGCUACCGGAAUUGUAUGUAGAUGAGGCUGUUCAUAGAGUGCUUGGAAAAGUAAU